AUGCGUGCAACUAGAUCCAGUAGGAAGAGGCUGAUUACUCCUGAAUUGGAAGAAAUAGAAUCAUCCUCAUCGUCAUCAAGUGAAGAAGACAUUGAAUCAGCAUCAGAAGAAGAAUCAGAUCAAAUUGAUUCAACAACCAUUUCUCAAGAUGACAAUAAUCAAAAAGCCUAUUAUUACAUUACUCCAAAACGAUCCAAACCCAAUCCAGAACCAUCCAGUUCCACAUUUAAUAAAAUAUAUUGCAAACUAACCAAUCAACCGAAACCCCCACCCAAGCAACUUCAUAAAACCCCAUUUUUAUCAUUAUUCAAUGGGAAAGAACUGGCCAAAGAUGUUGAAUUUCGAUAUGAAUUAUAUACACAAAUAUGGAAUCAACAAUUAUUACAUAAGAUUGAAUCAAUAUUGAAUAAUGCCAAUGAUGAAUUAUUUCAAAAUUUAAUAAGAUUUAUAAAUCAAUCGGAGAAAGAGAAGUUGUCGAUUGGAUUUAUUCAAUUGACUACUAAUAUUGCUAAUAAUUUAAGAAUUUUACAAGAAUUUUAUAAUUUGAUUGGGGGUGUUGGGGGUGCCGGUGGGGAUAAUAAGUAUGGUUAUGAAUAUAUGUUGAUCAGGAUUAAUUCGAAACAUUGUGCGAAUAUUAAAUCGACAUUGAGGGAGAUUGUUAAACAAUUUCAUGAAUUAGUUGAUGGGGAAGAGAAGGAACGGAAGCGGAAGAAGGGAGCGAAAGAAGAGGAAGAAGAGGAAGAAGAAGAAGAAGAAGAAGGGGAAGAAGAAGAAGGGGAAGAAGAAGACCAUCAAGAACAAGUAAUAAACAGACUCAAUUAUGAUCCAGAAACUAUCGAAGAUUACUUUUUGAAAACUUCUCGAAAAGUCAAAUUAGUAUUAGUCAUUGAAGAUACAAUUUCCAUUAGUUCUCAAGUUUUAAAUCAGUUACUUAAAGUCUUAUCCUCAUAUACAAAAACCAUUGAUUGUAAAAUAAUAAUGGGAUUAUCAUGUGAUAAUAUUAGUAAUUGGAUAAAUAAUAAUAUAUCUAACGACCUUCGAAUUAUGAUUAAUGGAUAUAAAUUCAAAAGUAAUGAUAAUAAAAGUUUAGGUUAUAUCAUCCUUAAUAAUCUAUUCUUAACUCCUGAAUUAAAUGAUAAGAAUCCAUUAUUAUUAAGUAAUAAUUUAAGUACAAUAAUUUUGAAUCGAUUUGAAAAUUCAAAUAAUUCAAUUGAUUCAUUAAUUGCCGAAAUUAAAUUAUGUUGCAUGUUAUAUUUUUAUCAACUGCCAUUAUCGGUUUUGAUUGCCAAAAAUCCCACCCCGAAUUCAUUAUAUAUCCAAGGAUUAAGGAAAUUGCCUUCAUUUAAGAAAUAUAUUGAAACAUUACUCCAUAACAAACAAUAUACCAAAGUGAAAUCUUAUUUAUGUAGUGAUAGAUCAUUAAUCACAUUAUUUAAUGAAUCGAAAAUAAAAUUCCAAAAUGUUAAAUUAUCAAUCAUGAAUUCAAUUAAUGUAAUCUAUCAAUUACAAAAACAUAAUUAUCGUCAUAAGAAACAAAAAUUCGAAUUAUAUAAAUUAUUAAUUAAUAAAAAAUUAUUAAAUUCAAAAUAUUUAACUGAAUUAAUUCGAACAUUACCAAAUUUAACUGAUUUAGAAAUCGGGGGGAUUUUAUUAGAUUUAACUGAUAAUUGUCAAGAAGAAAUCACGGAAAAUAUUAAAGAUGAAAAACUUAUUGAAUUAAAUGAAUCAAUUGGUGAAUUACAAGAUUUUAAAUUAAUUUCUCAAAUACUUGAUAAAUAUCUCGAUAAUGAAUUGUUAACUAUUAAGUUAGAAGAUAUGAUAUUUCAUGAAAUUUGGGUCAUGAAUGGUGGAUCUACUACAACAAAUGCAUUAUUUGAAGAAAAUUUCGAAAAUUUAAUUAUAAACCUAUUACGACCAAAUUUAAGAUCUACAAUUGAACUGAGUUUAGAGAAUUGUCAAACAUAUUUAAAUCAUCCAAUUGUAAAUCCGAAAAAUAAACCAAUCCAAACUCCGACUUUAACAACUUUAUUUCAAGUAUAUAAAGAAGCACCGGUUCAAAUCAAUCUAUAUGAUUUUUAUCAUGCGUUUAAAAGUUCUUUGAACAAACAAGAAUUGGUCAGCGAAGACAUUAGAGAAGAAGAAUGGAAUAGAAUGACAUAUUCUUGGUUUAUUCAAAAUUGUUAUGAAUUAAUGAUGAUUGGUUUAUUAAAAGAUAAACCAAAAGGUUCCUACAUUGAAAAAGGGAUUUGGAAAGGAGUGUAA